AUGUCCUACGCCGGUAACAGAGACCAGCAGUUUAACAGAAGCAACUUCGGUGGACGCGAUGGCGACCAUCGCGGACAGCGGCCUUCGGAUCGGAAUUCGUACGGAAGGGAUGGUUUCGGGCGCGGCGGGCGCGGCGGCUUCGCCGGGCGUGGCCGUGGCCGGUCCGACGAUAGGUUGGAGUUGACGAAGCCCGACUGGGAUGUUGAAUCGUUGCCAAAAUUUGAGAAAAACUUCUACGUGGAGCACGAGGACGUGCAAAAGAUGAGCACGGACGAAGUGGAGCAGUUCCGGAAGGAGAACGAGAUGAAGAUUGUUGGGCACGAUGUUCCCAAGCCCAUCCGGACUUUCGACGAGGCGGGCUUUCCGGAGUACGUGUUGAAGGAGGUCAAGGAAGAGGGAUUCGAGAAGCCAACCGCGAUUCAGUGUCAAGGCUGGCCAAUGGCCCUAUCUGGGCGCGACAUGAUCGGUGUGGCUGCGACAGGGUCUGGUAAGACGCUUUCGUACUGUCUACCGGGCAUUGUGCACAUCAACGCGCAGCCGCUGCUUUCUCCUGGUGACGGGCCUGUUGUUUUGGUCCUAGCACCCACAAGAGAGUUGGCUGUGCAGAUUCAGAAGGAAUGCUCUAAGUUUGGCCGCUCCUCGCGGAUUAGAAACACUUGUGUUUACGGUGGUGUUCCUAAGUCGCAACAGAUUCGCGACUUACAGCGCGGUGUGGAGAUCUUGAUCGCCACCCCAGGCCGUUUGAUCGACAUGUUGGAGAUCGGCAAGACCAACUUAAAGCGUGUGACCUACUUGGUCUUGGACGAGGCUGAUCGGAUGUUGGACAUGGGUUUCGAGCCACAAAUUCGGAAGAUCGUUGACCAGAUCCGUCCGGACCGUCAGACACUUAUGUGGUCCGCGACCUGGCCCAAGGAGGUCCAGCAACUAGCCAGGGACUACUUGCAUGACCCUAUUCAGGUGAACAUCGGCUCGUUGGAGUUGGCAGCGUCUCACACAAUUACUCAACUUGUUGAGGUUGUCUCUGACUUUGACAAGAGAGACAGAUUGGUGAAGCACCUGGAAAUUGCAUCCAAAGACAAGGACUCUAAGAUUAUUAUUUUUGCAUCGACGAAAAGAACUUGUGACGAGAUUACGUCUUACUUAAGACAGGAUGGAUGGCCAGCUCUUGCUAUCCAUGGUGAUAAACAGCAGCAGGAGAGAGACUGGGUUUUGAACGAGUUCAGAACCGGCAGAUCUCCUAUCAUGGUUGCCACUGAUGUGGCUGCCAGAGGUAUCGACGUUAAGGGUAUUAACUUUGUCAUCAACUAUGACAUGCCCGGUAAUAUCGAGGAUUACGUUCACAGAAUUGGUAGAACUGGUAGAGCUGGUGCAACUGGUACUGCCAUCUCGUUUUUCACCGAAGCCAACAAGACCCUGGGUGCUCAGUUGAUUUCUAUCAUGAGAGAAGCUAAGCAGGAAAUUCCCCAGGAUUUGCUUGUGUACGACCGCGCCCCACGUGGUGGAUUCCACCCAAGAUAUGGCGGUCGCGGCGGUCGCGGCGGUCGUGGCGGUCGUGGUGGCCGUGGGUAUGGUGGAUACGGCGGUGGAUACGGCGGCUACGGUGGUGGCUACGGUGGUGGCCACGGCGGCUACGGUGGUAAGCCAAAGGACAGCGGCUGGGGCAACAGAAACUAA